AGCCUCGGCCUCGCGGCGGCGCAGCUGGUCCCGCCCGCGGGCGUGGAGGAGCUGGGGCGCCCGCCCAAGAUGCAGGAGUUCGACUUCAGCGCGGCUCUGAAGGGCGGCCGGGGUCGGGGCGGGCGCCUGUUCGACGUCGGCUCGAGGGGGUCGUGCCGGUCCGUCGCGGGCGCCGUGGGCGAGCUGGGGGCCCCCUCGGUCGAGCCGACGCAGCGCGCGCAGAGGCGCGGGGGCGCUGGCCGCGACCGCGGGCGCGCUGCUUCUCCGAAGUUCAGCGGCGCGGGCGCUGGCGGAGCUUCCGCAGCGUUGCUCGCUACGACAAGCGAGCGGGUGUCCUUGCAGUUCGGCAAGCCCCCGGCCGCGGCCCAGGCGAAGAUCGCGCGGGUCGUGGAGCGAG